AUGGUAACGUUGUGGCAAAAGCGCCGAUGUUCCCAGACCUUCUUUGGCACCAUGGCGACCGAGUACGUGGCGCUCAAGUCGCCGCGCGAGCCGCGUGCGGCGGCCGUCGACCGGCUUCACCCGAUGGAGACAUCUUCCUGGCUCGGCAUCCUCUUGAUCGCGUGGAUGGACAAGCUCAUCCGGCACGGCGCGACGACGCCGCUGGACGAAGCCGACGUGUGGCCGCUCGCGCCCGCCGACUCGGCCGCGGCGCUCAGCGACCGCUUUGCCGUGCAAUGGGCCCGCGAAAAGGUCGUGCACAAGGCAAUGUGGCGCACGCUCGCUCGUCGCAGCCUCUUGACGAUCGGUCUCUACUUGCUCUACUCGUUCCUGAUGCUUCUGCAGCCGAUCGUGAUCAAGUCGCUUUUGCAGAUCAUCCAAGGCAAGCCCACGUCGCUCGGCCUCGAAUCCGGCUACGGCCUCGCGGCGCUGCUCACGAUCCUCUCGUUCGUCUCGGUGACCGUCAUUGACUUUGGCCAGUACCUCUCGUCGACGCUCGGCUGCAACGCCAAGACGAUCGUCACGGACGCUGUCUACCGGAAGAGCUUGCGGCUCUCCGCGUUGGCCAAGCGCAGCCUCUCGUCCGGAGAGAUUGUCACCUUGUCCAGCGUCGACUCGGAGCGACUCUUCCAGGCCUACCUCCUCGGCGCGUGGACGUUUGCGGCACCCGUCGCCGUCCUCGCCAUCUUUAUCAUGCUCGGCGUUGAAAUGGGCUACCUCGUCGGGCUCCUCGGAGGGCUCUUUAUGUUUCUCAUGCUCUACGUUGGCCACGUGUCGGCCGCGUCGGUCGGCGACGUUCGGUCGCGGCUCCUCGCCGUGCAAGCCGAGCGUGUCAAGCUCACGAACGAGCUCCUCCAGGGCGUCCGCGUCGUCAAGAUGUACGGCUGGGAGCACAAUCUCGAGGCGGCCAUCGAUGUCAUUCGCACGCACGAGCUCGCCCUCCUCAAGCAGUACCAAGCCCGGCGUAUCUUCAACACGGUCGCGCUCUACUCGACGCCAGUGCUCUCGCUUGCGCUCUGCCUCCUCAUCUACGCCGCCCAAGGCAACGCGCUCUCGGCGGAAAUCGCCUUUUUCGCACUCGCCUACAUGAACGCGGCGCGAUUGCCCUGCACUGCCUUCUCCAACGCGAUCGUGUUCCUCCAAGAAGCAAAAGCGUCCUGCGACCGCAUCGGACGGUUCCUCAACGCCGACGAGCUCGAGGACGAAGCGCUCGUGCCCUCUAUCUCGAGUGAUGCCCCCGUGGUCGACAUCAUCGACGGCGACUUUGGCUGGUCGUUGUCACACGACGGAAACGAUGCCUUGACGCUGCGCAACAUCCACCUCCACCUCGCCCCUGCCUCGCUCACGAUCGUGGUUGGUGCUGUCGGCAGCGGCAAGUCCAGCCUCGUCUCGGCCCUCCUCGGCGAGAUCCACCAAGUGCGCGGCACCCGCCACGUCACCGGCAACGUCGCGUACGUCAGCCAAGAGCCGUGGAUCCAGCACGACACGCUGCGCAACAACAUCCUCUUUGCCGACGCUUUUGACGACGCCAAGUACAGCGCGGUGCUCUCGGCCUGCCAGCUCACGUCCGAUGUGCGCAUGCUGCCGGACGGCGACCGCACCGAGAUUGGCGAGCGCGGCAUCAAUUUGAGUGGCGGCCAGAAGGCGCGCGUGAGUCUCGCCCGCGCCAU